CGUAGUGCCGGCGCGAGCAGUUUCCUAAGAAGGUGAAAGCCAAGUGCUCGCGGGUCUUUCCCAUCCCAGGCUUUCGCUCACCACCAGCAGAGACUCCGUUGCUUCCCAGCCAACUGAUUCCAGCUGUGUUGUCCUAAUUGAGGAAACCCAAUUCUUCUGGAGAGGCUAUGGGAGCUCACGACUGAAAUCUGCGAGUAGUUUACUCCCAUCCCAGUCUCUGCGGGAAUUUUGUAGAGUAGCAAAAAUGCUAAUGAUAAGUAAGACAGCAGGAGCUAUUCCCAAACCACCAAAGAGUAAAGUUUAUGGAUUUUUAAGAAGAUUUAAUGUUCAUCCCAGAACACUCUUCUGUCAUAAACUGGUCCUGGGAAUUGAAACCAGCUGUGAUGACACAGCAGCCGCUGUGGUGGAUGAAACUGGGAAUGUGCUGGGGGAAGCACUGCACUCCCAAACUGAAGUCCAUCUGAAAACAGGUGGGAUUGUUCCUCCAGUAGCUCAACAACUUCACAGAGAAAAUAUUCAACGCAUAGUAGAAGAAACUCUUUCUGCCAGUAGAAUCUCCCCAAGCGACCUCUCAGCCAUUGCAACUACCAUCAAACCAGGACUGGCUCUAAGCUUGGGAGUCGGCUUAUCCUUUAGCCUGCAGCUAGUGAAGCAGUUUAAAAAGCCGUUCAUCCCAGUUCAUCACAUGGAGGCUCACGCACUGACUGUGAGGCUGACCAACAAAGUAGAAUUUCCUUUCUUAGUUCUUUUGAUUUCUGGAGGUCACUGCCUGUUGGCAUUAGUCCAAGGUGUUUCAGAUUUUCUGCUCCUUGGGAAGUCUUUGGACAUAGCCCCAGGCGACAUGCUUGACAAGGUGGCAAGAAGACUUUCUUUAAUCAGACAUCCAGAAUGUUCUACAAUGAGUGGCGGGAAAGCUAUAGAACAUUUAGCCAAAGAAGGAAAUAGAUUCCUUUUUAAUAUCAAUCCGCCCAUGCAGAAUGCUAAGAAUUGUGAUUUUUCUUUUACGGGACUUCAACAUAUUAUCGACAAGCUAAUAACGCACAAGGAAAAAGAAGAAGGCAUUGAGAAGGGGCAGAUCCUGUCAUCAGCCGCAGACAUUGCUGCUGCGGUACAGCAUGCAACAGCAUGCCACCUUGCGAAAAGAACACAUCGUGCUAUUCUGUUUUGCAAGCAGAAAAAUUUGUUAUCUCCAGCUAACGCAGUAUUAGUUGUAUCUGGAGGUGUUGCAAGUAACUUGUACAUCCGAAAAGCAUUGGAAAUUGUAGCAAAUGCAGCACAGUGCACUUUGUUGUGUCCCCCUCCAAGACUGUGCACUGACAAUGGCAUCAUGAUUGCAUGGAAUGGAAUUGAAAGAUUACGUGCUGGCUUGGGCGUUUUACAUGAUGUAGAAGACAUCCGAUACGAACCAAAAUGUCCUCUUGGAGUAGACAUAUCCAGAGAAGUUGCAGAAGCUGCUAUCAAAGUACCGCGAUUAAAAAUGGCACUGUGAUUUGUGAUUCUAAAGGUCUCCACAGAGGACCCAAGCACCCACAUGGCAACUCUCAGUUAUCCAUAACUCCAGUUCCAGGUAAUCCAACACCCUUUUCUGACCUCCACAGGCACCAGGCACACAUUGGAACGCAGACAUUAAAUUUGAAAAAUAGUAAUAAAUCUUAAUUUUCUUAAAGAAGCAAUGCUAGUUGUGUCCACUGAUUUUGCCAAUAGAUGUUCAUAUUAUACCCUCUAUACUCAAACAAUACAGUAAUAUUGUGCACUUCCUAAUCUCUAGUAACAGGUUUUAUUGAAAAGCCAUAAGGCAAAGAUAAAAAUUUAGCACAGAACAAAGCCUUCUUCAGAUGACUCAAAUUAUAACAGGCUGGCCUUCAACUCUCUUGAUCCUGUGCCUCAGCAUUUCAACAGUAGAAUUCACUAAGUCGCCACCAUCCUUGAUUAGAAUGGAGACAUUUCUAGCUUUAGCCCUGUUUUAAGCUAACUUUCUUCUCAGAAAGUUCCAUAAGUAAUUAUUUUGUUCAAUUUUGUUAUGAUCUCCUAGUUUCCUUUUGAAAACGGAGCAUCUGGAAAUAGCCUUUGUAUUCUUGGUUGUUAGAUGGGUGUUGAAUGAUGUGAUGAGGGUAAAGAAAUAACAAGUAAAAGCAACAACUGGUUCAUGAACUCACAUCUUACAUUUGGAUUUGCAUUUUGUAUGUGAUUAUGAAUUUAUGGAUACUUUUCUAUGGACACUACUAUCAGUACACAUAUUAUGGAAAAAAUUAUCAAAAUAUGUACUAUGAAUAUAUUCAUUUGAGACAGAGUCUCACUCUGUGGCUCAGGCAUGUCUAAGUCACACUGGUUUGAAUCUUAGCAAACCUCAUGCAUGAACCUCCCAGGUCCUUGGUUAAAGAUCCGGUUCCACCUGGUAAAGCUCAGGAUGUUAUUUUGAGGCUCUUCUUGUCUGUAAUCUUAAAAGAAAACAACUGAGUGAUACAAAAUAAUCUUUAAGAGUUGAGGACGUCCUCCACUUAAAGUUCAAGGAGCUAUGCCAGAACAUUUGUAAGAGUCAGCACGUAUGGAAAUAGUGGCCUCUAGACAUAACAGGAUUGAUGCACAUAUGACCUCAGGGAUGUGGCAGCAUGCACAGGUUCAAGCUAGAUGGGGCCAGAUGAAAUAUGAAAGUGAGCAUAAAUUCCCAUCUCUAACCAAGAAGCAGUCUUAACUACCAUCGCUUUUCUCCAGUAGAGUCUCACUGGGUAUAUAAGCCCCACAGAAGAGGAGGUAAGCCUCAGGCCCUUGUCUGGGCAUUUUUUUGUUUUGUUUUGUUUUUACUGGUCUUUUGCUUAUAUACUGUGGUUUCCAGGUUGUUGUUUUUAUGUUAUGGGUAUAUGCUUUGUGUUUUUUCUUUCUUUGAAAUUCUAGUUUGUUGAGGAAUUUUAUUUUGUCUUGUUUUUUUCCUGAUACAAACCAAAGAUUCGUCCUAUCGACAAUGGGACAACUCUAGCUUCCAUACAUUUUAAUUAUACUCCCUGUGUACCUUAUGAGCAAUGAUCUCAGAUGCUACUAUGAAUAUUUAGACAUUGUACACUUCAGGGUUUGUCAGAUGUCUCACACGUUGUUAAUAUCUAUUAUUUGACAGCUUAGGUGUUGUAGUAAGUGUUAUGUGGGCUCUUAACUCAGCACACCAACUCAAAAUGUUUCUAACUCUUGAGACAUAUUAUAGAUGUAUAGAUACACACAUAUAUAAUAUGUAUUCUACUCAUGACAGUUGAUAAAUAUUAUAGGUCUAAGUACAGGUAUUCUAUAUAGGAAUUCUACUUUU